AUGGACAUACCCGUCGACUGGCACAGCGAAGAUGACGCUCUCAUGCUGGACAUGUCGCCUAGCACGAGCAACGUGCCGCUCAUAUUCGUCACCGCCGACAGUGCACACACCGCUUCUGCGCGCUCCAUCAUCGUGUACACCCUACAAGAAGUCACGCUCGCCGACGUACGCAAGGACGUUGCCAGAUUCCACAAGCUGUCCAUGCCCGCGCACUUCAUCUGCCUGACGUCGCUCGAGGCGUUUUGCGCGGGUGCGCCUGUGUUCAGCGAGCUCCCGUUCAUCCCCGGCGUGAGCGCAGGCGGCGACAGUGGCGUGCCGUUUGUGCCUCUCAGCAACGCGGAGGCAGGGGCGGGCGGCGCCUAA